GAAACUUUUCAUAGACAAACAGAGAAACUGAUACCAAAAAAGAAAUUUCCAACUUUUAUCUUUUUUAUAAUUCCCCCAUUCAAAUGAGAAAUUUAUAUAUAUUAAAAAAACAAGUCCUUGAAAUUCUAAAAAGAUCCCAUAUUUUCCUUUUUCUUUUUUCUUACAGCUGUGGGAAUUAUCUGUUGGAGCUCAAAAUUUGUUGAAAAAUAGGAAAAGAAGGGGUAAAAUUUUGGCUCAGUUUCUGGGUUUUAAAGUAAAAUCACAUUGGCAUUGUGGGGAUUGAAGCUCUUUUUCAGAUGUAGAAGAAAUGAGUUGUCUGUUGCUAUGUUUUGGAAAUAAAAGCGUGGAAUUUGAGCUGUUUUCGAGAGCUGGAGUUAUCGAAUUUAGCGGUUUUCUGUUUGUAAAAAUUACAGAGACGGUAGCUUGGUGAAGUGGUGGUGUGUUUCAUGGAGCAAAGUUGGGAAAUAAUAAAGGUGGAUUGGUGGUCUAAUGGCUGAACCUUGAAUGGCUGAUUCACACAGAAAUGGUCUCUUCGAGAGGGAUGUCAACCAGGCCAUUACAGCGUUAAAGAAAGGAACGUGCUUGCUCAAGUAUGGACGUAGAGGGAAGCCCAAGUUCUGCCCUUUUCAUCUCUCCAAUGAUGAGUCUAAAUUGAUAUGGUACUCUGGGAAAGAAGAGAAACAACUUAAGCUUAGUCAAGUUUCAAGAAUCAUUCCUGGGCAGCGUACUGCAGUUUUUCAUCGAUAUCCUCAGCCGGAAAAGGAGUAUCAGUCCUUUUCAUUGAUAUGCAAUGACAGGUCCUUGGAUUUGAUAUGUAAAGAUAAGGAUGAGGCCGAAGUUUGGUUUGUUGGUCUUAAGGCAUUGAUUUCUCAUGGUACCUGUCGCAAAUGGAAGAUCGAAGUAGGAAGUGAUGCUGCAUCAGUAGAUACUCCUAAAUCACACAACAGGAGAACUUCUCCGAAUUCGCAUUUUGAUCGAGGAGAUGCGCAAGGAAUUCAAGUGCCUUAUGAGGCGCACACUAGAUUGGGAAAGGCAUUUGCUGACAUAAUUACACAUGCUGCUUCAGCCAAAAUUUCCAAUCAAGUAGAUUCAGUUGAGUUUGGCCUAUUAUCAACUGGUUCAGUCGAAAACUUAAAUGGUCGAAGUUCGGGGGCUGAUGCAAUUAGAGUUAGUUUAUCAAGUGCUGUAAGUUCAUCAAGCCAUGGUUCUUGUCAUGAAGACAAUGAUGCCUUGGUCGAUAUUUUCAUAUGGGGACAAGGUAUUGGUGGCGGAAUACUGGGGGGCAGUGGGGAUAAAAUUGGCAGUUCUUUCAAUACAAAGAUGGACGCACUUCUUCCGAAGGCAUUGGAAUCAAAAAUGGUUGUAGACGCACAUAAUAUUGCUUGUGGUAGUAGGCAUGCAGCUAUAGUAACAAAGCAGGGUGAGAUUUUCAGUUGGGGGGAAGAAUCAGGGGGCAGGCUUGGGCAUGGUGUGGAAGCUGAUGUCCCCCGCCCUAAGCUCAUAGAUACUCUUAGAGGCAUGAAUUUUGAAUCAGUAGCAUGCGGUGAGUAUCAUACUUGUGCUAUUACAGUCUCUGGGGAUCUGUAUACAUGGGGUGAUGGAACACACAAUUCUGGUCUGCUUGGGCAUGGAAGUGAAGUAGGUCACUGGAUCCCCAAAAGGGUAAGUUACUUGGAUGGUAUGCAUGUGUCCUAUGUCUCAUGUGGACCUUGGCAUACAGCUCUGGUGACAUCUGGUGGUCAGUUGUUCACAUUUGGAGAUGGAUCUUUUGGUGCACUAGGACAUGGAGAUUGUAGUAGCACAACUGUUCCACGGGAAGUGGAGACUUUGAGUGGAUUACGGACAACAAGGGUUGCCUGUGGUGCUUGGCACACUGCUGCAAUUGUUGAGGUUGGGACUGAAUCAUCUGGUAAUGGAUCUCCUGUUAGCUCUUCUUCAACAAAGCUGUUUACAUGGGGGGAUGGAGAUAAAGGCCAACUUGGGCAUGGCGAUAAAGAACCUAGACUCUGCCCCCAAAGUGUAGCUGCUCUAUUUGAUGACAUCAGCCAGGUUGUAUGCGGACAUGAUCUCACAGUUGCUCUUACAACCACAGGACGAGUGUAUACAAUGGGGAGUUCAGCUUAUGGUCAAUUGGGGAGUCCUACAACUGAUGGCAAGGUUCCAACUCAGGUUGAAGGUAAAAUAACAGAUAGCAUUGUUGAAGAAAUUGCAUGCGGAUCGUAUCAUGUUGCUAUUUUGAAUUCAAAAAAAGAGGUUUAUACUUGGGGAAAGGGCACAAAUGGGCAACUAGGACAUGGAGAUACUGAUGACAGAAAUACACCAACCCUUGUUAAUUUCCUGAAAGAUAAGCAAGUUAAAAGUGUAGUUUGUGGUUCAAACUUUUCUGCAGUUGUAUGUCUUUAUAAAUGGGUAUCUAGUGCUGAUCAUUCUAUGUGCUCUGGUUGUCGAAAUCCAUUUGGUUUCAGAAGAAAGCGUCACAACUGUUAUAAUUGUGGACUAUUCUUUUGCAAAGCAUGCACUAUGAGGAAAUCUCUAAAGGCUUCAUUGGCUCCAACUAUUAACAAACCAUAUAGAGUGUGUGAUGAUUGUUUUGCUAAAUUGAAAAAAGGUGCAGACCCGGUUUCUAAUGCCUGGACUCCUAAAGUCCGAAAUGGAAUCUUUCCUCGUAAAUCCAAUGAGAGUAUAGAUAAAGAUGUUUUAGCUCCCAGGUCACAUACACAACUCUCCAGACUGUCUGCUGCUGGCUCGUGUAAUCAGUCUGAAAGUGGGAACUGCAAGCAUGAACUGAAACUAGACUUACAAAAUCGGACCCUUUUCCCAGCUCAGAACGGAAAUUUUCAUCUUGGAGGAUUUUAUACACCAAAGCUAUCGCUUUCUCCAGUUGGAGAUUCUAAGAAAAAUUUACCAGUUUCAGUUUCUAGAAAGACAUCUCGAGCAGCCUCUCCUGCUUCAGGAAAGUCGAGCACUCGAUCUUCGACUGUAACUUUCGAUGAUUCAAAGCAAAUGAAUGACGGUCUCAACCAAGAGAUCAUAACUUUAAGGGCACAGGUCGAAGAUCUUACAUGCAAAUCCCAACAUCUUGAAGCUGAGCUUGAAAAUACGUCAAGGCGAUUAAAGGAGGUCACUGCAAUAGCAGAAAAUGAAGCUGAAAAAUGCAAAGCAGCAGAGGAAGCUAUUAAGUCUCUUACUGCUCAGUUGGAGGAGGCGGCUAACAGACUUCCAACAUACCAUAAUGCCGGCAAUACCAGUCCUAUGGCCAAACACAAUUCAGAUAUUGAACAUGUGUUCUCCAGUAGCAGCCAUGCAAGCAGCAUGAUGUCGUCUGCACCAAGUAACGAUAAGUGCAAUGCAAACAACCUAUCCACAUCUCACGGAACCAAAGUACAAACUAAAAAGUCAGAGACGGUAAUACACGAUGAGCCAGGAGUGUACAUAACUUUAUCACCCUUUCCCGAUGGAAGUAAUGCACUCAAGCGUGUUCGCUUUAGUCGGAAGCAUUUCACAGAAGAACAAGCAGAAAAAUGGUGGGCUGAAAAUGGGGCUAAAGUAUGUGAACGGCAUAAUAUCAUUCGUGCAUAUUAGUUUUGGAGCUUGAAUGCUGUCGGUUUCUCUUGAAGAAGACUGGCUUGUGUAUAAGAAAUUUGCAGGUAGAGUGAGAAAUAUAUAUUAAGAUUGUAGGCAAGAAACUGAAAGGAUUUAAGAAUUGCAUUGUGAGGAAUCCCUAGUAACUUUUGCUGCUUUUUUUUUCUUGGAUCCUAAGGUUUCUAAUAGAUAUUUUCUUUGGAGCGUUUUGUUA